GGUAACAUUUCAGUUUAAUCAGUAAUCACGUUACAAUCGCUCUAAGCACUUUCUUCCAGCCGUUGCGAAAAUAUUUCCUUAUUUAAUAUUUUUAGAUUUCUACCAACCGAAAUGGCAAACGAACAAGAACCGCAACAAAAACUAAUCAUUACAGAUUCUUCGAAAAUUUACGACGAUAUGUCAUCUUAUUACUUGAAGGAAACUUUUUCCGACAUUCAGCUAAUCUUAUCCGAUAAAACAAUCCAUGCGCACAAGAUUGUUCUCGCUGCUCGUUGCAAAUAUUUUGAGUCUCUUUUACUGCAAGACCCAAAACAAGCCCAGAUUGAAUUAAUCAAUGUGCCUUCAAAGGCUCUUGAAACAAUACUGUAUUACAUUUAUACAGGAACCGUUGUCAUCGCAUCAUCAGAUGAAAAUUAUGUGUCCGAUAUAUUGAAGCUAGCACACGAAUAUUCGUUAAAAACACUGGUACAAAUUAUAAACGAAAAAAUGGGUUCCAUUGUGGAUUUAUCAAAUGUUUGUUUCUUUCUAAACAUAGCCAAUGCAUAUGACAUGGACGAGUUAAAAGAAAUAUGUCACACUUUUAUCGAUGAACAUGUUUCACAAACGUUUGAACACGAUUUUCUAAACGUUCUCACACAAAAAUCUAUGGUCAACUUGUUGAAAAGAGAUGCGUUUCCUGUUCAAGAAAUCAAUGUCUUUAAGAUAGCGGCCGACUGGUGCAAGAUUAAUGAAGACUUGGAAAACUUGGUUAUUGAAUGUGUUCAGUUUCCUUGCUUAACGCUAAAUGAAAUUUUAACUGUUGUUUGGCCAUCAAAGGUUAUAGAAAACGAAAAAGUGCUGAAUAUACUUGCAACGAUUGAAAGGAACGGUACCAAAGAAACGCAACGACACAUUGUUGAACAGUUUGAAAGUAAAAAUCUUGCAACUGGAGAAUAUAAUGUUAAAGUAAUUUCUGGAUUAAAUACCACAAUGUUGUUUGAAGAGACUGGAAACGAGGAAGAUGGUGCUUAUCAUAAUGAGGACGAUAAAAACGGUAUUACUGUAGAUCUUGCUGGGGUAAAAUGCUUCAAUCACAUAACGAUGAAUAUAGGAAAUAAGUGGGUCAAAUACAGCAUUGAAAUUUCCACAGAUCUACAAAAUUGGCAUAGCGUCAUAGAUUACAGUAGAUACAUGUGCAGAUAUAAUCAAAAUUUAUAUUUUGAACAACAGAAGGCUAGAUACAUCCGAAUAGUUUUAAAGAAUUCUUCAGCCAGAAUUUGUAAAUUUCAAGUUUACAUGAGCAGGAAUGUUCCUACAAUACAUAACCAAGUUGUUUGCCCUUCUUCAAACGUGAUAACUUCCGAAACAUAUUGUAUAGGAUUCGGCGUAAGUUAAGGAAGCAUUGUCAUCAAUUUUAGCGGGCGACUUGCUCCUGUCAUGUUUUCUCGACGUUUCAUAAUCCCUCGAAUACGAAAAAAGUUAUCUCCCGUUUUCGUCUGUCUGUCGUCUCUCUUUCGUUUGUCGCUGUGUCGAUUUUCAUCAGACAGAUAAUCUCUAAAACUACUAGAUUGAUUGUUGUCAAAUGUUGGAUGUAUGUUAGGAACAUCAUCUAGAUGGUAAAACGCUAAUUGGCUAAUCAUCUUCACCAACAAUUUGAUGACGCCCGCUCAUUAUAUUCCGUAAUUAACAUUGCCUAAAUUUUAUGCAAUAUUUUAAAGUACUCCUGUAUUUGUGGUUUACGAAUCUACCUUGGUUUUAUUUAUUAUUAUUGUUAUUAUAUUUGUUUAUUAUUUAA